GCUCUACCCGCAUUCCCGAUCCCCGCCCUGCGCCGCGCCUCUUCCUCGCGCUCCGGUCGCGGCCUCUACCUCCCUUGGCACCCGCCGCCUGCCAUCCUCUCCCCGACAAGGAUCUGCACCGCCUCCACCGAUUCCCGUGCUGUGCGCCGCCCGCCCUGAAUCGCGUCGCCCCGUGCCGCCGCUCCCCCUCAUCCGCGCCGCCGCCGCCCCUGCCCUCUCCCGCCCCGCUGCAGCCCGUUCCCUCUCCCUGCACCCCUCCCAUCCCUGUCCCGCGGCCCCUGCUGCCCGUUCCCUCACCCUGCGCCUCCCCUGGCCACUCCCUGCGCCGCCCCUGCCGUCUGCCGCCGCCGUGACCCCCCUGCCCUGUCCCGCCGCCCCUGCAGCCCGUUGCCUCUCCCUGCUGCAGGCCCUGCCCUCUCCGCCCCUGCUGCCUCUGCAUUGCUGUGCGCCGCUGCCUCCCCUUUUGUCAUUCAGGAGCUAAAAGUGAGGUCCAGAUAAGCGGGAACAAACAAACAGGGCCCUCGUCAUCCCUCGAAGAAGAGGAACACGUCACGGCAAGGUACACGAGCGCCAAUCCCACCUUAUCCCGGUCCGAGUUUGGCCUCUCCAUUUCCUACCGCAUCCCCCUUCCCUUCCACCCUCCCACCCUCGCGACAUCCAGGUGAUGGCGGUGGCUUCUCCUAGCAGUGUCUACCCCUCCGGCGGAGAUCCAUCCCAGCGGCCACCCACUUGGUUGAGGCCCCUCCUGAGGCUUCCCCUCCCGGUGUGCAGCGAAGCCCCGCGAGGACCCCUUCUCGCGUGUGUCCACGAUCGGCGUUCCUCCCACAGAUCCUUCUAUUUGGCGAAAUAAGUUUAUGUUGAUUUGUGAAUACGAUUUGUGAUACCUAGAGUUGUGCAGUUAUUUUGUUUCAGUUUCUGUUCACAGCGUCAGAUCAGUUUAAUUUUUUUCCAGAAAAGCAGAUCAAUUUAAUUGGGUAGCGCAGAAAAUUUGGGCUUUGUCAGAACAGGAUAAUUUGAAGUUCGUUCUGUCUCUGGUGUCUGGUGGUACUGUUUCAUUUGUUAGUACGCCUAAUUUUUGUGAUGGAAAGUGUACCUAAUGCUUGUGAUUGGAAUAUUGGAGGCAAGUGGAGUGAUCAAAGUUGGUUUUCCCGUAUGGCAUGUUCCCCUCAUGUUUUCCUAUGGUGAAAUAUUGCUGACAUCAACAUGUUAUGGUGCUAUCAAUGUUGCCUUGAACUUAUCCAGAAAUUAUGUUUUCUGACCUGUUUGAGUGGAAAACAUUAUUAUAUAUGUGAUUCCGUUAGGACCUUGCUUUUGCUGCUUGUUCUUGGAGGAGGGUUUGCCGAGGAAGCCGCAGCUAGUUAGCCAUGUUGUCCUCUGUGCUGAGGGCUGUGGCCGACAGGGCCAUCCAGAGGCAGGCCCUCACGCUGACGGAUGCCGCAGCGUCCAGGAUCCGGCAGCUCCUCAGCCUCAGGCAGCGGCCGUACCUGCGGCUCGGCGUCAAAGCCCGAGGCUGCAACGGCCUCUCAUACACGCUCAACUACGCCGAUGAGAAGGGGAAGUUUGAUGAGCUUGUCGAGGAGAAAGGGGUUAAAGUGCUUAUCGACCCCAAGGCAUUAAUGCAUGUUAUUGGCACCAAGAUGGACUAUGUUGAUGAUCCACUGAAGUCCGAGUUUGUGUUCAUAAACCCAAAUUCCAAAGGGGAGUGCGGCUGCGGUGAAUCCUUUAUGACUACUAGCAGCAAAGGGUCCACAUCAUGAUGUGUUUUGCGUUGUAAAUGCAUAAAGGCCUCGGCUACUGAUUUUGUUGGGUCUGUUGUGUUGCAACCUUGUUGGGUCUGCAGCUAUUUGUUUCUGUUUUGUCUCCUACUUCCCCCAUUUUUUCAUAGAUCUGCUAGAACAGAUGAAGAUUGUGGGGUUUGCACCUUGUACUCCUUUGAUAGCUUGAAUCUCCAUUUUGAGCGAUUUUUGUGCUGGAAA